GUCAAAAUAUUAACAUUUAAUUCUCUAGAACUAAUCUGUACUGAAAAAAAAAACCUGUAACUAAUCACUUAACUACUAAGGUGGUUAACUAAUCACAAUUAUUCUUUUUAAUACCAAUUAAUUACAAUUAUUUGCUAAUCUAAUCAGUUAGUGAUUGCUGACAACCAUUAACUUAUAAAAGCAUAGUUCCUUGAGGGAAAUACCACCUAACAAUUUUUUUUUAAUUUCUCGAAAUCGAUACCGUAUAGUUUAUGCUAGUAGACCCCUAUAACCGGAGUUCAUUACUCAACACUGUGACCAGUGCAAAACUCGAAUAUAAGAGACCUCAUAGUAAGACUUCAUGUCCUAGGAGAUACCAAUUGUGUAACAUUUAUAUUAAUUAGCUAAUUCAAACAUAAUCUAAUUGAUUAAGACAUAUUUCCUCUAACUAUUUAAUCUAAGCAUAGUUCAAUUGGUCGAAGCCUCAAAAUUCCCAUCUCCACAUGAUGUUGAAGUCAAAAGAAAAAUAUAUAUAGUAACUAAGAAGGGGGUGAUAGAGAAGUAUAAAAUCAAUUAGUUAAUAUCCAAAGAAUUGCUUAAUUCAAGUUAGAUAAUAACAAUUAACUCAACAAAAUAAAUUCAUUACCAUUAAUGAUUACCUAAUUUAGAUUAACUAACAGAUAAAUAACUAACCAUCCAUUUUAUUUGGACUAAUUAAUUAAAAUAAAUUGUUAUUGGCAAUAUCUUAAAUUUAUUCCAACCAUUAAUUAGCAGUAGCCGAUUGAUUACCACUAAUUAAUUUUUUAUUAUUUAGUAUUUGUUUCCACGCGCACACAUUCAAAAUGUUGCUUAUUUGAAAUACUAAUUGAGAAAAACUGCAAACUGGCAUAAAAGAGCAACCGCUAAAUUAUAAUAUCUCUAAUAUUAUAGUCUAGAGUAUUUUUCUGUAGAAUAUAAGAAAUCUGACCAAACUUCAAUCAUCAAAUAUUGAUAACUCAAUAAUGAAACUAGUUUAUUAAACACUUGGUGAUCACUAAAUACAUCAUAUCUUUUAAAGCUUAUAUGCACAAAGAAGACGUAUUCUUAUGUGAACUGUCUUUUCUGCCAUAAAGCUGCACAUUAGAAAUUCGUUUGACAAUGCUAGAUAAAAAUAUUAAUUUAAAAUUUUCCACCUAAAUAAAUUCCCAUCUUUACUCAGGUUUUAACCUUUAAAUUUCAAUUUCGUAAAAUUGAAUUCUAAAAUUAAAUAAAUGAUCAAAUUAAUAUAUUCUCAAAACAAAAUUAAAAUAUUACUCAUAAAUUAAUCAAUGAAUCACACAAAAAAUUCAAGAAAUCAAACACUCAAACCUAAGUAUGGGUCCAUUUCUUGCACCCCUUUUUAUUUUAACAAUUACCCCCACAUGUAAAUAUAUUAACCUAACCACACAAUCAAAUAAGUAAAAGAAUAUCCUCAAAUUCAACAAUAAAAUGCCCAAACCCAACCAAAACACACUGUAGCCAUAAAAAUAAUUUCGUUGAACCACGACUAAGUAGUUGAAGAUAUAGUACUGAAACAAAAGAAGUUGAAGAUAUUAAUUUCUACACGUACUCAAGCUUAGGGUUUCAUUCAAUACAGUUAAAAAGUUAAAAUAAAAGAAGGAACGAUUUUAGAAUGAGUAAUUUUAGCAAAAUAAUUUUAAUAGACAAUUGAUUGUAACCAUACUAAAAUUUUCCUUCCAAGCCUUAAAGUUAAAAUUGGUUCGUUAUGACAAAGUGCACCAAUAAAAAUUUUAACUUUCCCCAAAUAAUUCUCAAAUAUCUCAUAGGCAUGCAAACAGUACAGGGAAAUUGAUUUUGAAAACAGUUUUAUUUUUGUUUUAUUUUUCUUAUUCUUUUAAUAAACUAAAAUCCAAUGAAAGUAAGUGUGAGUAAUUGCUUUAAAACUUAUUUUCUUGGGCCUUUCUGCCGUCGAAUUGACUUUUUAGAGUAAUAGAAGUCCUUCACAUGUAAAGCACACACCUGUGAAUAGUAAUAAGGUAAAUAAACAAUAACCAACAUUUAUUUACCCAAGCAACUACCAAUAGUAAUAGUACAAGCCAUUCAAUCAUUCAUCCUUCUGAAAAAAGGGUGGUCAUUCAUUCAUAUUAUUAAAAAAAGCAAUUAUAAAGACAAAUAUUUCAAAAAAAAAAAAAGAAAGAAAAAAAAUCUACACAAGCAACUCCAUCCUUCAUGUUCACUUCACAGUAACCAGAAAAUUUCCCAAGAAAGGCGGAGCAACAAAUCUGUUUAAAGUUGACGCUAGAACCAGAACAAAAACAAAAUCAAACUUCACUUGUCUGUACAAAGAAAUCAGUGAAAUUGAAUAGGUUGAGGUCUGGUCAAGUUCAGAGAAGUAAUGGUUGAAAGACUGGGGCGUGGUUAAAGAUAAACACAUAGGCCUGUCUAGAAUUUAGGCAUAGAGAGAGAGAGAUGGAAAGUGGGGUGGACCAAAUAAAGGUAGUAUAAUGAAGAGAGAGAGGAAAGGGUCAAAAACCACAGUGUGUGUUGUACAAAUUGGCGUGCAGUGUUAGAUAUCCACCAAAUGCCCCAAAAGUUAGCGUUUGAUAUAAAUGGUAAAGAGUGGAGACAUGGCAAAGUCUUCUGUUCUGUUGGGGGAUGAGUGGAGUUGCAGAAACAUAAAGAGAGACCCAGAGCCAGAGCCCAGAGCCAGCCUUGAUGAAAGAGAGAGAAUCUGACACUACAAAUACAAGUGGACCAGCCCUCCCUUCACUUUAACCCCCCUCCCUCUCCUCUCCUCUCUCUCUCUCUCUUUUGGUUAUUUUGUUUGCUAAUCAUCCUUUAUUAACAGGUAUUGUCAAUGAGUCUGAAACCAUAUUAAUCCUUUGGAGGGAUUUGAAGAUCAGAUCAGAUUUUUCUAUCUUUUGGCAGGGAGAUUCCAGGCAAGAAAGCAGCGGAGUGUUAAAAGUCUAGUCAGAAAACCAACUUGGUUUUCCUGGCCUUUAUUUGUCUCUAAUUCCUCCUAUCUCUUGGCUGUCUUGCAAUAUUUGAAGAGUUGAACGCAUAUUUAUUAGGGGAGUGGGUUUAGGGUUUCAGAAAGGUGCCCAGAAAGGCAAUUAUUAGAAACAGGACCAAAGGCGCAGGGUGUGGGAGAUGACUAACAUGACCUUGUCGGUUGUUCUGAUGGACUAGUCCCCCCCCUUCUGCACUCAUCACUUUAUUCUCCUCCUGCGGCUUCCGAUCUUGGGUUUGGGCGGGUGGUAGGAAACACAAAACCCUCUCUUUCCCUUUCCUUUUAUAACUCUCUUUCUUCUUAUUGCAUCGGCUCCCACCCUCCAUAUGUUCACUAUUGCCGUUUUCCUGCUGCUUCUUCACUUACUUACUGCAUAUUUCUUCAUAUUCCACGCCCCCAAUUAAUCAAGGUAAGAUUUUGAUACCAGAAGCUGGUAGGUCCCUCUCUUUCUCUCUCUCUCUCUUUCACUAGAUUUUGAUAUUCAAACAUUAUGCUCUAAUAGAUGUUGGAAAUUUAUCCUCUUUAGCCUUCCCGUCCCCAGUAAUCCAUUUAUUUCCUGUUACCCAACAGUUCGUAGCACUUGUGAGUGAUGGAGGCUGCAAAGAAAACACCAGAAAUUAGCCCUACUAGCUAAUUAAGAUCAUGAUAAAGAGAGCUUAGGGUUGAUAAGUCAUGGAAGAUCCUAAUGAAUCUGUCUAUUGGAAAUAGAAGGGUAGUGAUGUGGAAGGUUUAGGUUUUUGUAACCAAAAGUAGCCUAGCUAAGAUUUAAUUAAUUACCUUUUGAAGAUCAGAUAUAAUGGCGAUGAGAGGUGAAGAUGAGGAUAUAGGAACUCCUUCCCCUUUGUGUUAUAAUGCAUCAUCAAAUAGGGAAUCUUCAACCAAACUUCCUAAUUCUGAUCCACAUCUAACAACUGCUGAUAGAAGAAGAGAUCACACAGUCCCCCAGCUUCAUUUCCCUCAUCACCAGAAUCAAAACCAUCACAAAUUGAGUCUGCAUCAUUAUUUACACAAACACACAAGAGACCAUCCUGAACCAACCCCAGAUCUACUCCAGACCUCCGCUACUGCCUCACCAUCUGCAGUUACUCAGCCAAUUGCUAUCAGCAGACCGAUAUCUAAAGCCCCACUUGGAGCAGUUGCAAGUGAUAACAGUGUUCCUUCAUUGGUUCGGUACCAAGAAUGUUUGAAGAACCACGCAGCAAGUACUGGAGGCCAUGUCCUUGAUGGCUGUGGCGAGUUCAUGCCCGGUGGAGAAGAUGGAACACCCGAGGCCUUGAAGUGCGCAGCCUGUGAAUGCCAUCGGAACUUUCACCGGAAGGAGACGAAAGACGAGCACACGACGCAUGCUUUACCCAGUGGCUUUUUCAUCUCCAACUCCAUCAGAAACAAUAGCCAUGUCACGGAUAGGACACCCAUUCCACUCUCCCAUCAUCAUCAAUUGCCUGCAGUUCCAAUUUCAUCAAUGAUGAUGGCAUUUGGGGGAAGCAAUGGAGCACCGGACGAGUCUUCCAGUGAAGAUCUGACCAUGUAUCACCAGUGUAACAAUGGAUCCCGGGACCUGUUCAGUCAGCAGCCACAACUUAUGAAGAAACGAUUCCGGACAAAGUUCACCCAGGGACAGAAGGACAAGAUGGUAGAGUUUGCUGAGAAAUUGGGGUGGAAGAUACAGAAACAUGAUGAACUGGAAGUGCAACAGUUCUGCGCUGAGGUUGGCGUAAGGAGGCAAGUUUUCAAGGUUUGGAUGCACAACAACAAGCAAGCCAUGAAGAAGAAACAAAUGUAAGAACGUAUUAAAAAGUUUUUCCUUUUCUACCUCAAACCCAUUUCGUGAAAUAAUGCAUCAUCAAUGUUGACUAAGUUCUGAGAAGAUAGAUUUACCUAGUCAUUAGAGCAAGUGCGUGUGCACGGCCCAAUAUUAUUGGGCACUGAAAGAAAGAGUGAGGGAGCCAAUAUUCAAUCUUCAGUUCUUGAAUGAAUAUGUAUCUCAUACCACUUUGGCGUGUUACCUGAGUGUUUUAAGCACUAAUAUUAUCAAAAGCAACCCAGCACGUGGACUCUCCUUCCCAAAUCGAAGCCAAUAAAACUCUUAACAGGAGAAAAGUGAAAGGGAUGGCCGGCAUUAAAGAUUGGUCCUAAGUUCAUUGUACAAGAAUCACGGUAGACUGUUGGAUUCACAGCCAUCACUAUUGCGAUUCUUCCGUAGGAUUUCUGUGGCUAGAGUGUGGAUAGACUGAUGUUGUUGUUGUUGUGUUUUUUUUUUUUUUGUUUCUUUUUGUCAUUAUCUACAAUCUUAUUUAACCACGAGAAAAGUGGUGGAGGAGAGGUGAAAAA